AUGUUUUCAUUGUUUUAUGGACUGUGGAAAUAUCUGGUCACUAAGACAGAGUUUCAAUUACUGAUUCUUGGAAUUGACAAGGCUGGAAAAAUAACCUUACUGGAGAAAUUGAAGACACAAUAUUCAAGCUUAGAAGGCCUUCCCCCUGAUCGAAUUGUUCCUACUGUUGGAGUCAAUAUUGGUCGAAUAGAAACUUCAAAUACAAAACUUGUGUUUUGGUAUCUUGGAGGUCAGUCUGGUCUUUGUUCAAUUUGGGAGAAAUAUUAUGAGGAGGCAUAUGCUGUUAUCUUUGUAGUUGAUGCUUCUUGUCCAUCACGUUUUGAAGAUUCCAAAUCUACCCUUGAUGAUGAUAAGAUAAAGAAAUGGUGGUAG